AUGGACAAAAAGCCUUCUGUAGGAUAUCUGGGCAUGGGGAUCAUGGGCACCGCCAUGGCGGGGCGAUUGAUCGAUGCGGGCUUUCCCGUCACGGUUUGGAAUCGAUCUCGAGAUAAGUGUACUCCCAUGGAGGCAAAGGGUGCCAAGGUUGCUGAGACAGCCCAGGAGGUCAUGGAGACCUGCGACGUGACUUUUGCGUGCACCUCAGAUCCAACCUCAGCGAGAGCUGUGGUUUUUGGCGAGAAAGGGGUUUUGGCAGGCAUUACGAAAGGCAAGCGCUUCGUCGACAUGUCGACCGUGGACGAGGAGUGUGUCAAGGAAAUUGCUGAGGCGAUCACAGCCAAGGGUGGUCGAUUCCUUGAGGCACCGGUUAGCGGCUCCAAAGGUCCAGCGCUGCAAGGCCAGCUUGUAAUCCUUGCGGCUGGCGAGGCGGCCCUCCACAAAGAGGUGCAACAAUGCUUUGAUGUGCUGGGAAAGAAGACAUUUUUCCUCGGAGAGGUUGGUUGCGGAGCCAGGAUGAAGUUGGUCAUCAACAUGGUGAUGGGGAUCAACAUGGUUGCCCUUUCUGAGGGUCUCGCUGUUGGGCAGAAAGCCGGGCUUCAGGGAAAGGACAUUCUGGAGGUCAUCAAGGAGGGCGCGAUAGCGUCGCCCAUGUACGGCUUGAAGGGUCCCAAGAUGCUGGAGGGAGACUUCGCACCCAAUUUCCCGUUGAAGCACCAGCAGAAGGAUGUGCGACUAGCCGUGGAUCUUGGUGAUAAGGUUGGACAGUCCAUGCCGCUGGCCGCUGCUGCCAACGAGGCUUUCAAGGCAGCGCGAGCUGCAGGAAAGGGAGAUGAGGACUUCUCAGCUGUCUUCGCCACGGUGAAUCGAUGA